UUCAGCUAGCAAAGACUGAGAAUUUGUUUAUUGUUAUUAUUUCAAUCUGUGUUUAAACACAUUUCAACAACAAACACAAGUUUCAACAGUAAUUAUUAUUGACUGAUCAACAUGGAGGCAUGACUUUUGCUCACAACACAACAAUUGCUGAAGACCUAUGCCUUACACUGUGACGAGAAGGGAAAUGGACAGAUUUCUGAUCAUGUUUAAGUGAUUAUAUGUAAUUAUUUAUUUUAAGUCAUGUUCUGGCCAUUUUAUAUUGAAUUUGUCAGCACUUUUUGCAAUAAAUAAAGAAUACAAUAAAACAACACUGGAGAAAAACUAUUAUUUAGGGGGGCCUUAAGGAUAUUUGCCUAACGGCGCCAGUGGUCCUAUGUUUGUUUCACUCAUAUCAUUAACAACAUACCACCGAGUGACCGUGGACAACACCAACGCAAAACAAUGCCUGUUCCGUAAUGUGCUAACCACGACAACUCCCGGGCACCUCCUUAUAAGGCAUUCACUACGGCAACUGAUUGGGCGUUUCGACCAUGACCACACGCAGUGGUCGGCAGUUUCGUUUUUAUGGACGCGAUCUGCGUGCACAGGCUACCCACAGAUGAUACCUGUUAUCUGAGAGGCACCACAUGCUGUGUAAUGGAUUCAUUUUGAAGAACAUAACACAGCUUUGUAUAACAACAAGAACAGACACAUUAAAAGUGUGGAGAAGGGGGCUUUUAAAUGGGAUGGUCAACAAACUGGGACCAACAGACUGAACCAAGCGGAUACCGUGUAGAGAACCUGUUUGUGCCCACUUAUGGCUUGGACAGGUUGUUUUAUUACAACCACAUCACUGAUCUGAUCCACUUAUGUUUCAUACCAUGAAAAUGACCAUAGUGCUAUAAAAUAGUGUGUAUUUAAACUCUUUUACAAUAUGUUGGCAGGCUUCCUGAAUGAGAAAAAGUAAGAAGACAUUGCUUCAUCCAAAAGGCCUGCGUCAGUAAAUCUCAACAAUCAGAAACUUCAGAUGUCAGCCAAAGCAUUUACUCCUGAACACAUACAGACACACACACAAACACAAACCAUAUUCAUACCAGGUGUUGUUCUAAAUAGUAAUGAAAGAAUGAUUUAUAAAUACAAAAUGGAGUCUAGCAGUCUGCGAAAGGGAUUCAUUUCAGUGUUGUGACACCUCCGCAGAUGCAUCUAAACCUCUAGUUUAUGCGACAGUUGUGUUGAGUAUUUGUAAACUGUGUGUAAAUAUCGCCGUCCAACACAUCCAAUGUGACAUGGGGAUACACACAAAUAAAAAAAAAAGCUAAAUGAUGCAACUUUCGACUGAGUUAUUGAAGACUGAACGCUCUCCAAUAAUCCAAAUUUAUUCCAAAUGAGUCAAGCUAUCGCUCCCAAAAUGUGCACAGCUGUUUACCAGCUCACACACAUGGCUUUAGUUGACAUUUUUCUUGAAUAUUGAUACUGAAAAAACACACACUCCUGUCCAGUUUUUUUUUUUUUUUCAGAGGAGGAGCUCAAGCUUGGGGGGGUCUUACAAUCUGCCCGCUGACAUGCUGUGGAACGAUGCCCUGGAUUCUCCACAGAGAUCCUGCAGAGACUCAGAAAAAUGACAUCAGACUCACAGGCUGCCAAGAGCACUUCUCAGUUUCUCCAUGAUUUAUGUUUUAGGUAGUCCACUAAACUCAGAUUGGAUGAUAUAUAUUUAUAUAUUAUACAGAACGUCCACUCUGCUGUAUGAAGUUUGAUCCGACAAUGUUGACAGUAAGACGCUGGAUUAAGUUUCUUGUUCCCACCCAGCCGGGGAAACAAAUGACACUAAUCCUAACAUCUCAAGUGCUUGACUUAUCGUCACUGUGCAUCCCAUUUUUAUCAGUGGAGACAAGUUAAGUAUAACUCAAGAACACUCAUUUUCUUACAAAACAAAAAAGUGCACCGAUGAUCUUGUUCAAACGUUGGUGUCUAGGAUUUAAGAGACGUUAAACAUCUGUUUAUAAACUGUGCCAUCUGAAGGACAAGUUCCCCGACGAGAGAAAGUUCGACAGCGGAUUACGUGUGUGGAAAAAUAACAACUGCGCGUUUGUGUUUGUGCGUGUUAAUUGGGACAGUUAAAAAAUGGCCUCCCGAGACCGCUGCACACAAAAACGAAAGGGGGCAAGAGGUGGAGGCUGUUGUAAAUUUACCCCAAAUCCCCUAGCUGCAUUUGUUGUGACUACAAUGCAGCAGUAAAACAGAGAUCUGGACUCGCUGGGAGUAUUGUAACUUUUUCCAAAGACCUAGUGCAUGCCUAGUCUGCACGUGGGGUGUUGCAGCACGCGCAUAGGUGCACACUCACGUGUCACUUUUUUUUUUUUUUUUUUUUUACACAGAGUUAUAAAAAAACACAAGAGGGCAGAAUCAAAAUGGGUUUUUCUUUGCCAUAUGCAGGGAUUAUGUUUGGCUAUCAACGAUAUGAUCUCAAACAACGUAUAUACUCUAUAAUCCCAAUUUCCAGGCCUGCUCACUGGUCCUGCUGCCCGACACAACGUGCACCAUCGACAUCUGUUGUAGAUCGUUAAACUUCACAGCAGUUACUUUGAACUGGGGCAUAAAAAAAAACUGACUCGUUAAUCUUGACGCAGCAAUUAUGGUCUGGUUUGACGGGAAGACACGUUGAAACGGACUUUUAUUACAAUAUAGUCAGCAGAUUUUAUCACACUUGAAAGAGUCAGGGGACAUUUGCAAAACAUGAAUGACUACAGAGCGUGAAACAACGAGUCAGCAACAAAAAAGAAGUCAGUUUUGUUCACAGACUGUCAGCAUCAGUGUGGUAUUCACACAUUUAAAUGGCAAUCUUGUCCCUGAAAUAGCUUGAUUUGGGGUUGUGUUUUAUUCAGCCUAAAAUGGUAAUACUAUGGGCAGAGACAGGGAUAUAUUUUUAUCGCUAAACAAACUGGGGCCUGCCAGGACUCAGGAGUUAGCACAUCCAGACGCUUGGCCAGUUUUCAAAGUUCCUCCAAAGACAUUAAUCGCAGAUCAACAAGUCAUUUGUUUGUAUUUAACAAGGUGUGGUAAAAUUAGGUCUAUGUAAUUAACACAGUUAAUUAGUCAGUUAAAAAAAAAAGUCUAAUUUGUUCUAUAAGGUUGCGGGGUGCGGGGUCUCUCCUCUCGUUCACGGUGAGCGGCUAAGGUUACGACUGAAAGCUGUUCCUGUUGACCAUAUGUUGGUAGUUAAAUCUAUAGCAAAACCCUCUUCCACACGGAAAUAAUAACAGAGUACAAUCAGGACAUCAGACAGGACGUGGUGCUGAGUCACUGUCAUGACGCCAUGAAUGGAUGAAUUUGCAUGCUUUUCUUCCUGCUGCUCAUAAAGGUACCCUCACAGCACAGUAAACAGCCGCGCCAUAUGUUAAACCAUAUGGUUUCUGUGAAUUUUUGUGGACGAGAACUAAGUGACACUGAAAGCGGUCUUUGAAGAUGAAGGUUAUUUGUGCAACAGCCAAUAAAGCAUAGGCAAAUCGGGAACAUACUGCGGAGAAAGUCUGAAACAGUCUCUCACAAUUCAUUACUGAAGAGGAAAGAAGGUUAAAUGUACUUCUCUGUUUAUGGUUUUUGGAGUUCUAUCAGGUCUUUAACUAAUUAACGUUAAUGGAUCGACCUAAGGGCAUGCGGUUCAUAAAUAUUACAUGCACACACAGGUUUUGUUGAGAUAUCAAAUAACCGAAAAGCUGCUAAAGGGAAUGAGAAAUAGGCCAUGCCAGCUCCCAGACUGGACUGUGAGAACGACGCAGGAGAAUUGCGGCAUUGCAUCAUCACCAAAUAUUCACCUUGGAUUCAGGUCAGAUGCAUUUUAGGGCUUUGAAUGCUCAGACAUUGAGAGUGUUCAGCCAGCUGGCAUUUAGCGUUGUUCUGUGUGGCCAGCGCAGGACACGUGUUUAUGUUUUGCUGUAAAUUGCUGUUUGCCGCCAUCUGCCGGUCAGUCAGUGCAAGUGUAAAACAAAAACAAAUCGAAUCAACAACUCGUUUAAAACACUUGCAUCUUUGUAUAUUACCCAAUGUUAUAUAAAUAUAGCGUCAACGGGGGUAAAUACGAAUAUAAACUAAAUGUAUAAAAUAAAUGUUAAAAUAAUAUAUUUGACAUUAAGAGGGCGUAUGACGUCGUUGCCACGGUAACCACAACACUCCAUUCAACCGGAGACAAAGCUGUGAUUGUGUUUGCGUUGUGUUAACUUUUAACUUUUUCAGAGCGUAUGGUCUUGUAGUUUGAUACAACACAGCCACGGAAGUCUUCCUGGCUCUAGACUUGGCACAUUCAAAAAAUGAAUCUAUCUCAGGAUCAGCAGGAUGGAAGGCCUCUAUGUAGAGAAGAAGCUGAGGUGGAAGCACAAGAGGAGGAUAAGGGUGUGGAGAGGGACGCCCCUCUAGUGGCCCUUGCACCUGAUGCUUCGUUCCCCGAGGAGCAGCCCACUGUCAGCACUGAUGUCGCUGCUAGUCCUGUUUUCCAGUGCUUAGAUGAGUUGCUGUCAUUGGGAAAGAUCGACCAGAACAAAGUAGGCAAACUGAGAGCCAGCUACAAGCUACUCCACGAUACGUUGAGGAGUGCCCAGGAUUCUGAGAUUCAGCUCCUGGGAGAGGCUAAGAGGUGUCGUGUUGAGCUGGAGAGGCUUCAGGCCAAGGUGGAGAGUACAGAGGAACGGACCACCUCCGAGGAGCCUGAAAGUGAGGUCAAUGAACUGAGGCAACAGCUCCUCCAGGCAUACAAUGAACUGCAAGCUGCCGAGGAGAGACAGUACAACACACAACACCAACUGAAGUGUCUCUGGGAAGAGAAGCGGUAUCUGGAGAAAGAGAGUGAAAUCCAGACGAAACCUGCCGAGCUGGAGGGCAGCAAAAAGGCCCUUCAGGAGAAAUAUGAGGAUCUGAGGAAAGAGGUCGCCCAGAGACAGUUAGAAGCCAGAGGUCUGAUAGAAGACCUGGAAACCCAUCAAACGCAGAUAGUGAAAGAACAGAAGGAGCUGGAAGACAAGAAGGAGAUCAUAGAGCACAAAGAGGCUGAGAAAGCCCAGCUCAUCAGCAUACCUGACCAGAUUUUAAAGGAGGCUGAAAGAAAACGCUCCAAGAGAGAAGCUACCGUGAAGAAGAUAGACGCGCUAAAUAUAGAGAUUUCAGAAAUGGAGCAGCAGGCGAAGGAGGUGAAUGUCCAUAACCAGUCCCUCAGGGUGAAGAAGGAGGAGGUGAUGCAAGAGCUGGAGGGUAUGAGGGCCCGAGUAGAGGCCAGUCAAAGAGAGUACAGACAGCUGGUGAAAGAGCAAGAGAUCAGCAGGGAAGAGGAGGCUGAAUUCGCUGGUAACAGAGGCAUCUUGGAAAUGAAGCUGCAGAGCGCCAUGUGUGAGAGAAAGCACCUGUAUGAGAGCCAAUCUGUGCAGCUCAGAGAGAAAAACAGGCAGAUGCAAGCGCUCAAGAGGAUGGAGCACGCGUUGACCGCGGCCACGGAGCAGCUAGAUCACACGCGAUCCAUCUACAACGAGCUACAGGCGCAGUUAGAUGCUGUUCCCCAAAGGGAGGCCGGUACUCAGCGAAGGAUGGAGCUUCAGAAAGAGGUGGACGCUCUCAAAGUCAGCUUUGAGAAACAGCUAUCGGCGGCUGAGGAGGAGAGCCAGAAGAAGCAGCAGUACGGGGUGAUUCAGGAGCUGCUGAGGGAGUCAAACGGCCUCAGAGAAGAACUCCACAACCUCAGAUGUCUGACGCAGAUCAAAGCCGAGGAGAGGGGCCAGAAGCACCGCGAGCUGCUUCGGGCUGAGCAACUGAACCAGCAGCUGCAGCAGGAGUUGCGGGAAAAAGACCUGAUCAUCGCGGACCACAGCAAGCUCGACGCCAUGCUGCAGCGCAGAAUAACACAGUAUUCUAAACUGUGUGAUAUGAUCAUGGAAGAGAAGAAUAAGUACGUGAAGCUGAAGCAGAUUGCCUCCCAGACAACCACAGAGCUGACGGAGCAAAUUAAAGUCCUGGAAAAUGAGAUGGAGAUCCAACGCACCAUUGUCGUCAACAAGGACAGAUCCCUCACAAAGGCUCGUAUGAAGAUCUCUCAUAGCUCCAAGAUGAGGGACAAACUACGCAAUGACAUCUCCAAGCUUGCCUGGAAGCGACGUCAGAUCACUCAGGAUUAUGAGGACAACAAACUGGAACUGAUGAAACUCACACAAGCAAUCAAGCUCCAGGAGGAGACUCUUCUGGAAAUAAAAGAGAAUCAUGAAAAUGCCAUACAGAGGCGCAACUUUCUAGGAAUUCAGCUGCUGGAACACGAGGAGGUUUUGUUCAACUACCACCAGAAGGUGAGCACCCAGGAGGGAGCCGCCACGAAAGGCAACAUGGCUCUGGAGACCCUGGAGAAGGACGCGAGAGACUUGCAGUUGGCAAUCAAUGAGGAGAAGAGACUGAUAGACCUGAAGAAGAGGGAGGUGCUCCUCAAGAGAACCCUGGAGGAGGAGAUUACUAUGCUGCAGAUAGAGUUGUCAGAAGCCAGGGACAAAACACUUCAAGGUCUUAGUCGAACGGUUGAUUACAAAGAGCUAAAAGGCAAAGACCCAACAACUGCAGAGCUGAUCAAGAAAAUUGAGCAGCUCGAGGUGAAUCUGGCCGAGCGCGAGAGCCAGUUGCUGGAAAAAGAACUCCUCGCGGACCAGGUGACCCGGCUCUCGAAGCCACUCAGCGAGCAGGCUGAAAACUGCCAGCACGACAGGCUCUCGCUGGCGAAGAAGCUGAAUGAACUUCGGACUAACAUAAUCAACACCAAUCAGCGGAUGAUGGCCCUGUCUGCAGAGCUGUCCGUGAAGCAAGCUGCUGCUUUGUCUCAGCAACAGCAGAUCAAAGAGAGAGAGCUGCAGAUGGACAGAUGCCAGCGGCGGCUGGAGCAGGGCCUGCCACCCUACCCGGAGAUAGAGGAGGAGUGGAGGAGGAUGCUCCGGGACAAAAAGAGGAGGCAGAGGGACAGAGAGCAGAGAGCGAAGCUUGCCGAAGAGGAGCAGAGGAACCAGUUGCCUAAUGGGGAGUACACCACAGCUGAAGCCCGCCCCAACGCGUACAUCCCCCAGAACGACCACCUUCCAGUGCCAAAACCGUACGGAGCUCUGGCCCCCUUCAAACCCUCGCAGCAGGGAGGCAACAUGAGGCACAUCCGCAAGCCCGCACUCAAACCGCUGGAGAUAUGAACGCAACGCAUAGCGCGCGCAUCCACAGCAAGACUCCUGUGCAUCCGCAGACUUCCUGUUUAUUCUAAUCCGUGCAGUUUUAACUGCUCGGAAACACUUAACUCGAUAAAUAAAUGGUUUCUGUUUGUGUGCUCACUGACCAGCACACCACGGCUGUUCGGUCCUGUGAGCUUAUGUACGGCAUCUGGUUGUAAUUUUGGCUCCUUUCUCUAAAAUUUGCUGGCAACGCGCUUGUUUACGCUCAGCUUGCAGUAACACCGAAUACUGCAAGAGAGCAGAAGAGAACGGUGGAUAUUAAAAGUGUGCAACUCCAUCGUGUCCACCGGUAAAGUUUUCUACUAAUUCCCGGUCUUAUCUGACACGUUUGUAACCACCUUUCUCUAAAAGGUCAGUUCAUUUCUCAGGGACACGUGGCGCGGCCGCGUUGUUGUUUCAUCCCUCGUGCUUGUAAUCCUCGAAUAAAUUGUAAUGGGUUUAAAGCUCCACGCAAGGCUAGCAGCGCCUUCUUAAUGCCCGGAAUGAUAAAUGUAAAUAUAGAGAGGGAGCUCAAGCAAUAAAAGAGCAUAGAGAAUGACAGAGGGGGGAGAUAGAGGAGAAUUUAAAUGAUGAGAAACGAGCGAUGGCAGAAGGAGAAUCAAAGGAAAAAAUGGAUAAAAGUACAGCUCUAAAGUUAGUCACUGAUGACAAAAAAAAAACUCAAAAGUCUUUGAAGGUAAAAAAAAAAAAAGAAAAAAGUUUGGAAGUCUUUCACCAUCUGAUGUUACCCUGAGGUAGAAGUAGUUUACUAUUCUAGGUAUUUAUACUUUACUUGAGUAUUUCCAUGUUAUACUACUUUAUACUUUUCACUACCAUAUCGAUAGUUACUUUUAUUAUAAAGCACCAGUGGUUUCCAACUCUUUUUUUAAAUAAAAAGCAGCGUGUGGUCAGAGUCCAAAGUCAGCCCUUCGCUCUUAUCGCAUUACCUCUUCUCUCCACACUACCAUGUAUCAUAUGAACUCAUCAAAGCCCAAAAAUGUUAUGUCCCAAGUCCAAACAUGAUUAGAUGUCUAAUCAACAGAUUUGUAUAUCAGAACUUUGUCUUCUGCCAUUAAUCGCCUCAAAUGCAUCACAAAGUAACUCCUUUUACGGGAUAAAAGUGGAGCUCUGCAGUCCAGACUUAGUUGCUACGGACCAAAAACAAAUGUCUUUGAAGCUUUAAAAAAAAAAAAUGAUUGGUCUUUUUUCAUCUGACUUUAGCUUGAGGUGAAAGUAGCUUUGGGAAGAAUUUGUGUGUGUUAGCAUCUUAUGCUUCCAGUCCACCACAUCGUCUUACAACAGAACACAUAAAAACAUAUUUUUAAGGGUUAAACCAAUGGUUUUCAAAUGUUUUGGCUUCACAAGAAGAGCAGUGUGGAUUUACCCCAGUUGUUGAUUCCCCCUCCCCAAAUCUAUAUUCAGCGCAUGCUUUGAUUGAUUUAAAAGGUUCAAAUCUCUGCAACGAUACGAGAAUAAAAGUGAGAAACAGAUUUGUGUCUCAGAAC